GUCAGUCGAGUUCCGAACGAGCUGUGGAACGCACGUGUGUGCCGCACACUCAAACAAAAAAACGCAUUUGAAAGCGCAUUCGCAAUUUUGUGAGUUACACCAAAAAACUUCGAAGAUACGAAGACGAAUUCUCCUCAGAAGUUCGCGUGAAUUUUUUGUCGUGCUGCCCCUGAAAUCGGAAACGUUUUACUUCUGGUUUAUUUCCUGGUCGAGAUCGAAUCCGUCGCGCGUUCGAUCCCCAAGUCAAAGGCGCUUAUGAUACGUGGCCGGCCGGCCGGCCCCCGUUAAAAUCGACAAUUUUUUGUUACUCAUAUUAAAGACGCAGUCGGCGCUCUUUUUAUCUGCCUGAAAAGCGAACAACAACAGCAACUGCAACAGCAACAACUAGAACAAUAAGAGCAAACGAGGGGAACCUUUAAGCCUGUUUAGAUGGAUGGAUCGGCGUGAGACAUUGAGGCGGACGCGGCGCGUCGUCUGUUCAAACGGGUUUCGUUGCGCUCGAUCAGUGGAUAUAUCUACAAGCACAAGUCCGUCGAGUAUCUGGUGUCUGGAAUCGUUGGCCUUUUGAUGUUGCGCCCUCAGCAGCAGCAGCAGCAACAGCAGCAACAACAGCGGCAACUCAGCAGCUCUAAACGUUUCCAGGAAGCCAACUGGAUUGGCCAGGAGGCGGCGGCGGCUGCUGUUUUAAACCAAAUAAAUCAACAUUCGAUAAAGUGAAAAGAAACAACAAAAAAAUAUAAAAGGAAAACAAGAGAAAAGCGUUUGAAGUGCUCACGUGAAAAUUUGAUGAAAAAGUUUUGAAUGCAAAGAAAUAUUUUUGGAAAAAACAAAAUGUAGAAGCCAAGAAUAAUAAAUGCGCGCAAAUCAAACGAAAAGUAUUAGGCAAUCCAAAUAAGUUCAGGAAAAGCAAAAAAAAGAAAACCAAUUGGAAAAGAGCUAAAUUCAACACACACAAAACAAAUAUAUAAAUCGAAAUAUAUAACGCGAUUAUCAAAUCAUACAUAAUCUCAAUAAAGCAUUUACAAGUAAAUUUUUUGAUACGCCAAAACAGUCCCCAGUAAUUAAUAUUAAUAAUAAUAAUAAUAAUUAAAUAACUUUUGAGCAUAUACAUAUAAAUAAAUAAAUAUUUAAUUAAUUAGAACUUAGCAUUUAGUAAUUUAUUAACUACAAAGUACGAGUACUUACAACAACAAAUUACAACAUCAACAAAUUACGCCAAAAAAAUAGACUUUAGCAGCAACCAAAAUAAAAACAAAAAAGAAAAUCAUUUAGAAAAAUCUCCGCUCUAAACUGAUAAAUAAGAAAAUAAAAAUAACAAUAUGCAAACGAUAUUUGUGAACGCUUUGCUGCUGCUGCAGUUGCUCUGUCGGCUGGGACGUUGCCAGGAGCAGCAGCUGUUGCUGCCGAGCAUCGAGAGUGAUCCAAGUGUGCAACAGCAGCAGCACAGUAGCAACAUCAACAACAACAACAACCAGCAGCAGCAGCAGCAACAACAUCAGCAUCCGCAUCAGCAACAGCAACUGCACAACAGCAAUCCAAGCUUGAACAGCACGUUGCUUAACACGCUCCUCACCAGCACUGGCCAAUUGGGAGCAGGCGUUGGAGUUGGACCAGGAGCAGCAGGCGGAGGAGUUGCUGGCGGCGGCGGCGUCGGCGGCGGAGCGAUGAUCAAUCAAUUGGGCGGCCUGGCGGGCCUGGGCAGCAGCACGGCGAGCGCACCAGCAGCCGGCAAUGGCAUGGGUCACGGCCUGGGCAUCGGCAUGGGCAUGGGACAUGGCAUGGGACACGGCAUGGUGGGACAUGGGAUGCCACAUGGCGUAGGCCAACAUGUGGGCCACGGCAUGGGCAUGCAGGGAGGACAAGGACAAGGUGGCGGACACUCGCAUGGACAUGCAUUGGCUGGAUUGGCCAAUCUGGGCAUCAUUGUGAACAGCAAAGGAUUGCAAGGCAUGCAGGGAAUGUCGAGCGGAAUGCCAGGUGGCGUUGGCGUCGGAGGCUAUGGCAGCACUAUGCUUCAAACUGGCGUCGCAGGAGGCGUGGCAACUGCUGGAGCAGGCGGAGGCGGAGGAGGAGGCGGACUGGAUAGCCCUUAUGAACACUACAUUUCGGAGCACACUGUCAUGGCUGUAUUCACAUCACAAGGACAGGUGGGUGGCCCUUGUCGCUAUAUGCCAGCCACACGACGGCAGAAUCAUCAGUGUCGCAAGGAGACAGGUUUGCCCGGCACUCUCAAUGAGGCACGCAAAUUGGCCACCCAACACUGUGAGGAUCAGUUUCGCUACGAUCGCUGGAACUGUUCCAUCGAGACGCGUGGCAAACGCAACAUAUUCAAGAAGCUCUACAAGGAGACGGCAUUCGUGCACGCUCUGACAGCGGCAGCCAUGACACACUCAAUUGCCCGUGCUUGUGCCGAGGGACGGAUGACUAAAUGCAGCUGCGGGCCACGCAAACAGAACCGUGCCGAUCAGGACUUUCAGUGGGGCGGCUGCAAUGAUAAUCUGAAGCAUGGCAAACGAGUAACGCGCAGUUUUCUUGAGUUACGCGGCGGCGAUGGGGACGAAGUCACUGAAAUAUUGCGACAUGACUCUGAGGUUGGCAUCGAAGCCGUCUCCACGCUGAUGAAGGACAAGUGCAAGUGUCACGGCGUCUCGGGCUCCUGUUCGAUGAAGACCUGCUGGAAGAAAAUGGCAGACUUCAAUGCUACGGCCACGCUGCUGCGCCAGAAAUAUAAUCAAGCCAUACGAAAAGCCCCCAAUCAGCGCACCAUGCGCCAAGCGCCAGCGAGUCGCAUGAAAAAGCCCAAGCAGCGACGCAAGCAACAGCAGCAAUCGAAGUACACAACACUGUAUUAUCUGGAGACAUCGCCACCGUUCUGCGCGGUCACCAAGGAUCGCCAGUGUCUGCAUCCCGACAACUGCGCGAACUUGUGCUGUGGGCGUGGCUAUGUCACGCGCGUCUUCAAGCAGGUGGAGAAGUGUCGCUGUCGAUUCAACAAUGGACGUUGCUGUCAGCUGGUCUGCGACUUUUGCCAGCACUAUGAGGAUAAAUACUUUUGUAAAUAAGUGGGCGGGUGCAUUUUAUCACCUACCUGAAAUCCCCUUCUGUCUCAGUCUAACUAAGUAUCUAUUUCUACUGCUAUCACUAUCACUAUCACUAUCCCCCUCACUCACUCACUCACUCCUUAUCGAUAAAGGCAACACAUAGAACGCUGCUCUCUUUGUACUUUUUAAAUGUAAUUUGUAAAGUUCUUUUCGAUUAUUGCUUAUAUUUGUAUUUUUUUUCCAUUCCUAACUUACAAUUUUAAUGAAAUGAUAAGCAAACAUGAAAAUGAUAUGAUAAAACGCUCAGAAUGAAGGCUAAGCUAAGGCCAACAACAACAUCAUAGACACUCCUCACCCAAACAUUGACACACUCUCACACGCAUACACACACACACACACACUGACACACAUUCAUACAUGCAUAGAUACAACUACUUACAUCUACGAGUAUAUUAUAAAUACUUACAUAUUAUAGUAACAGUUAGCUGCCGUCGCAUCCACGAAGAAAAUUCACAAAAAAAUUGCAAAAAUUACAUUUAGUAAAAAAUAUAAAAAAAAAAAUAA